CCUGCUGAUUCAAGAACAGAAUCAGUUGCAAUUGAAUUCGACAUACGACAUGGCCACGAACACGAAAGACGGAAUCACCAUCCGUAUCAUGACGGAGAAGGACUACGAUUCGGUGAAACCAUUUAUGAGGGAGGAGUUCUUCACCGCCGAGCCCCUGUGCCAGUCCUCUGGCGAGCCCGUGCAUCUCCAAAAUGAGAAGGACAAUGACGAGUACCACCUCUCUAUGAUCGCUCAGGGUACGUGUCUGGUGGCCACUGACGACAGCCGCGACGGCCGUGUGGUAGGAUUUGUUCUAGCCGGACCCCAGUUCCCAGAGGAUGUUGAAAAACAUCGCCAGGAAGCGGAGGAACUGGAGCAGCAUGCUUGGGGUCGCAUUUGCCGCCUACUGUCGAAAGUUGAACGCGAAGCCAAUCUCUUCGAGCGUUUCGGCAUCUCAAAAGUACUCUACAGCCACAUCACCAGUGUGGAUGAGUCUACGAGGGGCAGGGGUCUGGGCUCCAGGCUAGCCGCCACUCUGAUGGAAGUCGGUCGCUCUAAGGGCUUCCCUCUGAUGGUGGCCUACUGCACCAGCUUCUAUUCCGCCCGCCAAAAGGAGGCCUUGGGGAUGGAGUGCAUCCACGCUGUGGCCUAUGCCGACUACACGGACAAUCAGGGACGUCCUGUCUUCACACCAAAAGUGCCUCACACACAUUGCCGGGUCAUGGUCAUUAAACUUUAAACUGACACUUUUGAAUAAUGGAUAAUGGAUCUCCAUUAUAUAUGUAUCCUCCAUCGUUAUAUUCUCUGAGUCUUAACCAAAAAUGUUAUAAAAAUUAUUAAAUAAAAAUACUGUUUAAUUUUUGUAUAAUAAAAAAACAUUUUA